AUGAUCGGAAUCAGCGUCAAGGUCAUCUUGGCAGCUCUUGUCGCUUCCGCGAGUGCAACCGUCGUGCCGUCCGAUAGCUGCCACGGCUCGUUCUAUGACGGUGGCGGUGGCGGCGUCGGUGGUGGCAUCGGUGGUGGCGGCGGUGGCGGCGAGUCUGGUUGUGCCUUCUGGAACAACGGCGGCCAACUCGUCGCUUACAAGGGCGGCUUCAAAGGCGUCAAAACCAUCUCUCACCUCCGGUUCAGCAAGGCUGGCUGGGGCGACUUCCAUCUCGGUGUCAGCCCUAAGCUCUGCAAGGGCCUGCUGUGCCAUCACGGAAAGGCUUUUUAUAUGAAGGGCAAAGGAGCACUUGGGUUCCAUCAUGGUUUUGGUCGUCGAAGCAGCGGAUCCACCAGCGACGAGGAUGCCGAAUUCUCGAAACGCGGCCAUGGUGACUGGGACUUCAAGUACUCCAAGGAAGAUUGCAUCGCCGUCGAGUCACCCUUCGGCCCAAUGUACACGCCAUCCCAGCCAUGUGAUGAGUGCGUAGUCUACUAUCAGGGCAGGACGAUCAACGGUCAUAAGACAGAGUACGGCUGCGACUUCGACUUUGACAAUUGCAACAUGUACGACUACAACACCGGCAGCUACAUGCCUGGCCACACAGGAAGCCCCUCGAACGGCGGCAUCCCCUACAGUGGCAAUCCCUAUAACACCGUACCCAGCCGGAGCAGCCCCGCUCAGAUCGGAGCUGGCGGAAUGGGCGGAGGCGGUGAAGGUGGUGGAGGCGGCGGAGGCAGCGGGGGUGGAGGCGUUGGUGGAAGCGGUGGUGGUCACUAUGGAGGAAGCGUCGGUGGAGGCGCUGGAGGAGGCGCUGGUGGAGGCGCUAGUGGUGGCGUUGGUGGUGGCGUUGGUGGUGGCGGAGACCACGGACUCGAGCACAAAUCCGACUACAGUGGCACGGAGUCCAACUAUCGCCGGGAUACCUCUGGCCGCGAACUCCGCCCUCGAACGUUCGGACUCCUACCUCUUCUUGCCGGGAAAGCCCUUCUUGGUGGCGCUCUCGCAAGUGGUCUUGGCGCCGGGGCUGGCUCUGGUGUCGGGGGUGGUGUUGGCGGCGGCAUUGGCGGCGGCAACGGCUUUGGCAACGGUGGUGGUGGCGGCGGUGGCGGUGGUGGAGGAGGAUCCGCCUACAGCGGCUUGCAGUCCAACUAUCGCCGAGACGCCUCUGACAGUGAGCUUCACCCUCGAACGUUCGGACUUCUACAUCCAUUGGGCCUUGGAAUAGCGAGCGGUGUUCUUAAUACCGUUGCUGCCGGACUCGGUGGUGGUGUCGGUAUUGGCGGUGGUGUUGGCGGUGGUGUUGGCGGUGGUAUUGGCGGCGGUGUUGGCGGCGGUGCUGGUGGCGGCAACGGCUUUGGUAACGGUGGCGGCGGCGGCGGCGGUGGUGGUGGUGGUGGUGGUGGCGGUGGCGACACCGGCGGCGGCGGCUACACUGGAGCUUAUUCCCACUACUAG